GUUAAGGGUGAGAUAUUAUUAAAAAAAAAUGUUUAUGGAUAUGGAUGACAAACCUAAAAGGUGUCAAUCUAAUUUACCCUAUAUUAGUUUUUGCAUAGCAUAUGUACUCGAGAGAAGAGAAACGCUGAAAGGGCUCAUUUUCUGACGAGGUUCGAUUCUAGUGAGAGAAAGAGAGAUGUCAAAGACGCUGGUGCAGCCGAUAGGGCAAAAGAGACUGACGAACGUCGCUGUUGUUCGGCUGAAGAAGAAAGGGAUUCGAUUCGAGAUUGCCUGCUACAAGAACAAGGUCCUCUCUUGGCGCUCUGGCAUAGAGAAAGAUUUGGACGAAGUGUUGCAAUCGCAUACUGUAUAUUCAAAUGUUUCAAAAGGAGUUCUUGCCAAGUCCAAAGAUUUAGCAUCAGCUUUUGAGACCGAUGACCAUACAAAAAUAUGUUUGGAGAUUUUGGAGAAAGGAGAGCUACAAGUUGCUGGGAAGGAGAGGGAAUCACAGUUAUCAAGUCAGUUUAGGGAUAUUGCAACUAUAGUUAUGCAGAAGACCAUCAACCCAGAAACUCAACGCCCUUAUACUAUUAGCAUGAUUGAGCGUCUAAUGCAUGAAAUUCACUUUGCAGUUGAUCCACAUAACAGCUCAAAGAAACAGGCGCUAGAAGUCAUUCGUGAACUUCAGAAGCACUUCCCGAUAAAACGGUCUCCUAUGAGACUGCGGCUGGAUGUACCUGAACAGAAUUGCCCUUCUCUCUUGGAGAAACUCAAUACCUGGAAUACUAGCAUUGUUUCAAAAGAUGAAUCUGGAACUCAGCUGUCUGUUAUCUGCGAAAUAGAGCCUGGCUAUUUCCGGGACUGUGAUGCCCUGGUGAGGAAUCUGCAGGGUAGGCUGGAAAUUCUUGCGGUAUCUGUGCAUGUGGAAGGUGAUACUCAAGUGGAUCAGUAUGAUGAUCAUGAGGACAUGCCAUCAAGCGGGCCUAAAGAAGCUACAGAUUCUUUGCUCCAACUGAGCGAGAAAAUGCAGAAGCAAAAUAUUUCUACAAAAGACGGGAGCAGCGAAGGAGAGGUAAAGCAAAACAAAUGCAGCACAUGUAAUGCAGUUGUAGGGGAUACCAAGCAGUACAGGGAGCACUUUAAGAGUGAAUGGCACAAGCACAACCUAAAACGCAAGACUAGACAACUUCCUCCCCUGACUGCAGAAGAAUGCAUGGCUGACAUGGAAAUUGGUGAUUCAAAAGCAGAUUUGAAAGAUUAUUCAUUUUGAGGUGGGCUAAGAUUUUGUACUUGCAGUAGUUGGUAGACGUAAACAUGCAGAUUUAUACAAGAUCAUCAACAAUUUAAUGUGUUACGGUGAAACUAGCUGGUAAAGUUUAGCAUGAGUAAGGGAUAUAUUAGAGGAAUUGAAAAACUUUUUGGAGAUUUGCCUGCUAGGAGGGUUUGUGUAUUGGUAAAGUAAACGCAACGCGCAAGUACAGAAUAUACUGUUUUUGUGGUGUUGUGAGUGGCAAACUGAAUGGAAGCAAGAUUAUGAUUUGUAUUUCUGUUA